AUGCUUGAAAUUGCUGAUUUUGAGAAUAUAGUUACUAGCCUAGGUCAAGAUAAAGUAGAUAAUAUGGAUUGGGAUUUAAUAUAUAGUAGAUGGGUCGAACAAAAUGGUUCACUUCGUACAAAAAAACAACUUCAAGAAAAAUGGCGAAAUUAUUUAAAAGUUGAUGUCAAGCUAAAUGAUGGAGAAAGAUUUGUAUUUAGCCGAGAACAAGUCAAUUAUAUUAUGGAGCAACGUAAUUGUCGUAAAAGAGGUUGGUCCGAAAUAAGAGAAGAUUUAAAUAAAGAACCAUCUAUGACUGUGAAAACAACCCCAAAUCGAGUGAAGAAUGCAUACCAUAAUGAGACUAAGAAACGACUUAGGCUUGAGAGACAAAAUCUACCAGUAAAUAAUGAAAUGGUAAAGGCAGUUUCUAAUGUAGAUAGCAGAGCGACAGAGUCCUAUGGAGAUAGUGAAGCGACAGUAGAUAGUGAAGCGACAGAUUCUACCGAUGACAAAGGACCCGACUGA